ACGCCGGGUUCCUCAAUUUUUACUAGAGAGGAGCCCAGGGCAGGGCUGGGGAGGAGAGGAGCUCCUACAAAUCCAGAAACCUGCAAUCUCUCUGUCCCCGGAAUCGAGGCACAAGUUUAUUGGCAGCGGUAAGACAGUCAGGAAGGUGGGAAGACGGUUGGUUGAGCCCGCAGCGGAGGCAGGAUCCGCGGGCGCUAGGGCCCCGCGGAGAUCAGGCGGUGGGCGGGCCGAGGGCGGCGCGCGCGCAGCCGCAGACCUCGGCCCGAUGGAGCCCGAGCCCGCCGAGGUGGAGGUUCCCGCCGGGCGCGUGCUCAGUGCCCGGGAGCUCCUCGCCGCCCGCUCGCGGUCCCAGAAGCUGCCUCCGCGCUCGCAUGGGCCCAAGGACUUCCUCCCCGACGGCUCGGUGGCCCAGGCCGAGAGGCUGCGCCAGUGCCGCGAGGAGCUGUGGCAGCUGCUGGCGGAGGAGCGCGUGGAGCGCCUGGGUAGUUUGGUGGCUGCCGAGUGGAGACCGGAAGAGGGCUUCGUGGAAUUGAAGUCUCCAGCGGGUAAAUUCUGGCAGACCAUGGGCUUCUCAGAGCAGGGCCGGCAGCGGCUUCACCCCGAAGAGGCCUUAUAUCUGCUGGAGUGUGGCUCCAUCCAGCUUUUCCACCAAGACCUGCCACUGUCUAUUCAGGAGGCCUACCAGCUACUGCUGACUGAGGACACCAUGACUUUCCUGCAAUACCAGGUCUUCAGCCACCUGAAGAGACUGGGCUAUGUGGUUCGACGAUUCCAACCAAGCUCCAUCCUGUCCCCUUAUGAGAGACAGCUGAACUUGGAUGGCAGCGCCCUGUGCUUGGAGGAUCGGAAUGGCAAGAGGAAGAGGAGGAGCUCCAGCUCUCGGUCCAUUAAUAAGAAGGCCAAGGCCCUGGAGAAUCCCCUACAGGGGGUGGAUGAGACAACUGAGAGCCUGACAACCUCCAGCCCACCUCCCUGCAACCAGAACAGCCGAUGCCCAGAGGAGAAACCUCAAGAGUCAAGCCCCGUAAAGGGUCCAACGGGUCCCUCUCUGCUUUUGGGAGCCCUGGAGCCCUGGCCUGGCCUGGCCAACGAGGGGGGUGGGUGCAGCCAGCAGAGUGGCAAAGUAGAGAAUGGGGUCAAGGGGGUUCGUAAGCCACGCUGGAACUUUGAGCAGAUUUCCUUCCCCAACAUGGCUUCAGACAGCCGCCACACCCUCCUGCUGGCCCCAGCCCCAGAGCUGCUCCCAGCGAACGUCGCUGGGCGGGAGACAGAUGCCGAAUCCUGGUGCCAGAAGCUGAACCAAAGGAAGGAGAAGCUCUCCAGGCGAGAACGGGAGCAACAAGCAGAGGCCCAACGCUUCCGGGAAGAUGUAAACGCAGAUCCCGAGGUGCAGGGCUGCUCCAGCUGGCAGGAGUACAAGCAGCUGCUGCAGCGGAGGCGCCUGCAGAAGAGCCAGAGCCGCCCCGCACACCUGUGGGACCAGCCGGUCCACCCCUUGCUGAGUCCUGGCCAGGCAGACUCCCCAGCCACAGUGCUUCAACAUAUCUCUGUGCUGCAGACCACACACCUCGCCGAUGGAGGUACAUGGUUGCUGGAGAAGUCUGGAGGCUUGGAGAUCAGCUUUGACAUUUACCAGGCUGAUGCUGUGGCCACAUUCCGAAAGAAUAACCCUGGCAAGCCCUACGCCCGGAUGUGCAUUAGUGGAUUUGAUGAGCCAGUUCCAGAUCUCUGUACCCUCAAGCGGUUGUCCUACCAGAGUGGGGACGUUCCUCUGAUCUUUGCCCUGGUGGAUCAUGGAGACAUCUCCUUCUACAGCUUCAGGGACUUCACGCUGCCCAGGGAUCUGGAACACUGAUCACACCGCUCUGGCAGGGCUUGGGACCUGCCCUGGGGAACCUGGACUGUCUACUCUCAGGGACCAUCUCAGCUGCCUCCUAUACCCAGACUCUGACCUGUAGCUUCAGGAGCUAGUCUGGGCCUUGGCCCUGGGUGUCUGAUGCUUGCAGGAGAAAGAUGCCAUGCCCCCUACCUGGCUUCCAUAGCCCCAUGCCUGAGAUCGCUGCCUUCCAGUGAUCCCCUUGGAACUCAGGACUAGAUUUCAGAGACCCAGCGGGGUGGGGCAGAAGAGAGGACUCUGUGCCUUUAAAUGAGAGGGUGCCUGCUUCGUGCGAUAAAGCCAAAGCCAUUAAAAAAUAGAUCCAU